AUGAGUGGGCCCGGUUUUGUUGGCAUCAAAUUCUGUCCAGAAUGUAACAAUAUGCUGUAUCCUCGAGAAGACAAGGAACAUCGCCAGCUUAUGUAUGCGUGUAGAAAUUGUGAUCACAAGCAAAUUGCCGACAAUCCGUGCAUAUAUGUGAACAAGCUUGUACACGAAGUAGAUGAAUUGACCCAGAUUUGUGCUGAUGUUGUACACGAUCCCACAUUGCCGAAAACUGAAGAUCAUCCAUGUCCUAAGUGUGGUGGCACUCAAGCAGUGUUUUUCCAGGCUCAAACCAGGAGAGCUGAGGAGGAGAUGAGGCUUUACUAUGUAUGCGUGGAUACCACAUGCAGUCACCGUUGGACGGAGUGA